CGACUCUCUGCUUAGACAUGAUCCCCGAAAGUCGCGCGUGGCCCGGCACCGCCUUGAUAACUGACAACAUGCGCCUAGCCCGGAGAUCCUGUGCGCACCUCGCCUACUGAUAAUCUCGUUUUAGGCGACAUGGGUUUAGUGCCCGUUGUAUUCAGAGCUGGAACACGAAAGGCUCUCAUGCCGUCUGAGGUAUUCUGGUUCGUUGACCGGUAUUGGACUAGUAGAGCAUACACGCCCACCAAUGCCGCUUCACAGCGCGUGUGACUUCCCAGCUUCGCUCGUUGUUGAACCAUCAGAAGAUAAAUGGCGUCAAUGCACAAUUCUGUGCUGUGUUGAUAUCACUGAUCGGAUGGAUCAUACCCUCCGCUACUAUCCACAAUAAAGCGUGACGGACACGUAUGAGCAUGCCGCCGCUCUGUCCCCUUGCAUUGCGAUUCCAGCCAGCAUAUCCAUACAGAUGUCGACCUUGGCACUCACACCAGGCGUUACCAGCGAGGCCUUUCCGUAUGUAUGUAGUGAACUGGCAGCAGCAGCGCUGUUCACUUAUGAUAUUUUGAUCUGCCUGGACGAGGAGAUCACGCAUGUAUGGUGGUCACCACGGAGCAUUCCCAAGACACUCUUCAUGGUGUCACGGUACGUAGGACUUGCAGUCAUUGGAACCAUGCCAGUCAUCGCGUUCUACGCCGACCCAUCUGCAGCUUGUCGAGCGUAUCUACCAGUACAGUUCCUUGUUCUGCAAGCUGUCGCCUUCUGCUGUGAUGGAUUACUGCUCAUGCGAGUUGCGGCUGUCUUCAAUCACAAGAGAUGGCUAUGCAGAACUCUGUACGGCCUCUACACCUUGGCUUAUCUGAUCGAGAGCGCGAUCGCCAUUCUCAACUUUGUAACUUCGCUGAAGGCGACGCCUGUGCCGGAUGAAUGGGACUGCAUUAUCACACGACACGCAUCGGGAGGCAACCUACUGGAUACUAUCGUAACAUUGCCUAUUCUUAUAUUCAACCUCAUUCUGUUCACUCUCACGGUGAUACAUCUAUCGCCGUACUGGCGAGCUCGUGAGAAGAAUCAAACGCACAUCUUGACAUUGAUCUUGGAAGAGGGCACGAUCUAUUUCGCUAUUGUCUGUGCCGCGCUAUUGGCAGAAACCAUCGUUCCUUUACUCCUUACGGAUGAUCUCGGUGUAGCCUGGCUGGCCUUAAUCCCGAUCGCGUCAAACCGGCUGUUUCUUAGCCUAAGAGCGGCUGCAAGCGGAUCCCUCAAUUCGGGCGACGAUACCAAUCCAGUCUCAUACACUCCCGCGAGUGCCCUGGUAGUCCGUCCCUCUGGAGGGUCAGAACAGACCACCGGCCAAUCCACCAGCAACGUGGUCCAACGCUUGAACACGGUGUCCUCCAGACUCUCGACAACGACUCCUUGGAUGUAAUAUUGGAUGGGUUCUGAUGGGUUCUAACUUCUAAAGCGCACGAUGAACUGCUGUAAUAUAACAUGC